AUGAACACGGGGGUUAAACGGUCAGGAAACUCACAAGGAAGUCAGAUCGGAAAUCAGCAGGGGAACCGGGGAUACGCCACCAAAGACAUCCAAUCCAACAAAUUUUCAGCGCAAGCAUCAUAUUACGAUCGAUCGAGAGGACCACCCAAGACUGAAAAGGAGAGCCAACAGGAGACAACACGCCUAGGGGCAUUAUGUCUAUGUGUCACAGAGACCCUCAAGGACCCGAACUCUCAAACAAGCAACCUCGUCAGGGGACCUACCGAGGGAGUAACCCCGAACCAAGAAGAGGCACACGUGCGAGGGCGAGAGCAAGUGGGCCAAAAAAGAGGAUCCAAAAGCAGGGAAACAGUCAGGCUCCCCAUACACCGGGGCGGACAAGAGAGAUCCUGUAUAAACGAAGGCCUCGGGCAAGGGGAGCACGGACUUCCACAGGAUGCGAUUACGGAAAAAUCAUCCCCAGGAGCAAGUAAAAGGAGUGAUAUCACCAAAACGAACGACCAACCCCCACCCCAGGAGGAAAUAGGAUCACAACCCCCAAAAGGAUCGAAGUCAGACGAAAGGGGCAGGAACGGAACAAUAAUCCCCAACCGAACAAACAGAGAGGAUCCAACACAGAGCCAGUAG